UUGGUGAAGCGUAAUGAUAUUUCGCUGUGGACAGCGGAAAUAGGAAAGAAGAGUCCAAAUUCCAAACGAUUGCCUCGUACGCUGACUUAAGUCACACUAACCUUAAAUAUAUAACAAAAGUACAGUGUAGGAUUAAGAGCUCAAUAUGUUCUAGUGCAUUUAACCCAAUCGAACAUCUUAAAACCAAGGAGUGAAGACAAGGCAGAACGUAUGAUUUCUGUGUGCUAAAUAGUUUCCAUUAUCUACGGUUUGACAGAUAAUACAAAUGUUUCACGUGGUGUGUAAAAUAAUUCUCACCUGAAUAAUUAAUUAGUUAUUUCACGAUGGGGCUAUACAGUGUGGCUGAUUACGAGAGGCGAGCUCGAGAGAUUCUAUCGAGCAGCGCAUGGGAAUAUUACGACUACGGAAGAGAACGACGAUGGUGCCUCCAGGACAGUACCAAUGCAUUUUCAAGGUACCGAAUCAGAAGUCAGGUACUGCAGGAUGUUUCAAAGCGGAGUUUAGCAACCACUGUCCUUGGGCAGCCCCUAAAGUAUCCUAUAUGCAUCGCACCUACAGCCGUUCACAGGUUUGCACACCCAGAUGCCACAAAAGAAACAUCCAAAGGUGCAGAAGCUGCGGAAACGUUGAUGGUGCUGUCCGCCGAUUCGUGCUUUCCAAUGGCAGACGUUGCAGCUGCAGCUCCCAACGGUCAUCGCUGGAUGCAAAUGUAUCCAUUCACCGAUCGUCAACUCACUUUGACAGUCAUUCGACGAGCUGAGAGUCUAGGGUUCAAAGCCCUGGUCGUUACAGUGGACUCCCCCUCACAAGGACUGGACAGACGAAUGGUCGAAAUAUUUAACGAACCUCACAUCUUAAACAACCCAGACUUCCGAUUGGCGGUAUUUGAAGCAGACAUCUCAUCGUCACGUGCAGCCACAGCAGAGGGCGACUUGAAACUCGUCAAUUAUAUGACAGAAAUGCAAUAUAAUCCUACCGCUACUUGGGACUACAUCAGGUGGAUGAAAAGCCAAACCUCUCUACCAAUUGUUUGCAAGGGGAUACUGACAUGUGAAUCUGCAAAAGCUGCUGCACACGCAGGGGUUGAUGGGAUACUAGUAUCAGCUCAUGGAGGAAGACAACUGGAUGGCGCUCCAGCUCCGAUCGAUGCCCUGACUGAAGUGGUGGACGCUGUCCGUGGUCGAGAUAUCGAAGUCUACAUGGACGGCGGUGUAAGGACUGGAACGGAUGUCUUCAAGGCUCUUGGGCUGGGGGCACGGGCCGUGUUUGUUGGAAGGCCUAUCUUGUGGGGGUUGGCUUGCCAGGGUGCAGAAGGCGUCAAGGAUGUGCUUGAUAUACUCCGAUCUCAAUUAGAUGACGUGUUAGCAAUAAGCGGUUGCACUUCGCCUUGUACCAUCCCUGAGGGAACGGUGGUACAUGAAUCGUAUUACCAUCGUGGUCCGAGCCGGGGCAGGGAGAAGAGCAAGCUUUAAAGAAAGAUGGUCGUCACUUUCCAGGUACAGAAGGUCAUAAUUCGCUGAUACCGGACUUGGUGGAAAUUCCAUUUAUAGGAGCACAAGUCUCGUACACAGCAAACCCAGCAAAUUCCAUCCAGAAAUACUCCUAGUCUUUCAGAGCAAAGAUAUAUUACAUCUCCUUGCUCAGAGAGUCUUGUAAGACCACUUUACCAUAUAUAUGGAGAGAUGGAGUGAAAAUGCAGAGCAUUACAUAAUGCCUGUUGGUCAUAAAACUGAAGGCUAAUCCCGGUGCUUGGCAAUACCUGUUAUUGGGCAAACACCAGAAUGGUGACUAAUUCAUGAUAACCCACUACUAUGCAUCUAACA